CAGACUCAGGAGGAGACAUACAAAAGCCAGGUCUUUCUCCUGAACACAUUGUCAAACGAGGAGUAUACUGUCAUUGUUUGGUGGUAAAGUGUUGGGCAUAAGACGACUCCUCUACAAUAGGAUGUGUUCCAUGACAGCAAGCCCCUCCAGGACUCAUCAUGUGCUCUGGUGAAGAGGAAAUACCUGGGACAACAGUCACACCUGGACGGAGACAUCCUUCCCGACCCCCCUAAAACCUGGCCUGAAUCCCCACUCAUAAAAGCACAUGCUUAACUGAGAUGCCGGGAACUGCAGAUAUUGCUUCGUCAAUGUCCCAGACUCAGGCAGAGAGAAUGAGAUCAGUUUUCAUCAACGUCUCCAAGAUCCCCCUGCUCUUCCUCUUCCUGUACAUGUUCGUCUGCUCGCUGGAUGUCCUGAGUUCUGCCUUCCAGUUAGCAGGAGGUAUCCUUCCUCAAGGUAAGGUGGCUGGGGACAUCUUCAACGACAAUGCCAUACUGUCCAACCCGGUGGCAGGGCUGGUGGUGGGAAUCCUGGUGACGGUUCUGGUCCAGAGCUCCUCUACCUCCACCUCCAUUGUCGUCAGCCUCGUCUCCUCGGGCCUACUCAAUGUGAGGUCUGCGAUCCCAAUCCUCAUGGGAUCCAAUAUUGGGACGUCCGUCACCAACACCAUCGUUGCUCUGAUGCAGGCUGGAGAGAGGGAUGAGUUUGAACGGGCAUUUGCUGGAGCGACGGUGCAUGACUGUUUUAACUGGCUGUCAGUGCUGGUGCUACUGCCCCUGGAGGCAACCACAGGCCUGCUGAGAAGACUGUCUCAGGCUGUAGUUGACACCUUCCACAUCAGCUCUGGAGAUAAGGCCCCAGAGAUGCUCAAGGUCAUGACUGAACCACUCACCAAACUCAUCAUUCAGUUGGACAAGUCUGUCAUCACAGGCAUCGCCAUGGGAGAUGAGGCCAUGAGUAACAGGAGUCUGGUGAGGGUAUGGUGUAAGAAUCACAUCCUAACGUCCUCUGUGAAUGUUUCUGUUGGUGAUUCCUUCAACUGUACAUCAGUACAACCCUGCUGGCAAAGCAAUGCAACAACCUGGACAACACAGAACAUGACUCUGCUUGUAAAUAUAGAAAAAUGCAGCCAUCUGUUUGUGGACUCGUGGUUGUCCGACCUGGCGGUAGGCCUCAUUCUGCUAGCCUGCUCUCUUCUGCUCCUGUGCACCUGUUUGUUGCUGCUGGUCAAGCUGCUCAAUUCCCUGCUCCAAGGCCAGGUGGCUAAGGCCAUCCAGAGGAUCAUCAACACAGACUUCCCCUACCCGUUUGGCUGGCUGGCAGGUUACCUGGCCAUCCUAGUAGGGGCUGGCAUGACCUUUGUGGUUCAGAGCAGCUCAGUGUUCACCUCUGCCAUCACUCCUCUCAUAGGUAUUGGUGUUAUCAGCAUUGAACGUGCCUACCCGUUGACCCUGGGGUCAAACAUUGGUACAACCACCACAGCUAUCCUGGCAGCAUUGGCAAGCCCAGGGGACAAGCUGGCCGCAGCUUUCCAGGUAGCCUUGUGUCAUUUCUUCUUCAACAUACUGGGCAUUCUGCUGUGGUACCCUGUGCCCACCACCCGCCUGCCCAUCCGAAUGGCCAGGACUCUGGGGCAGCGCACGGCCAAGUAUCGCUGGUUCGCUGUACUCUACCUGCUUCUGUGCUUCCUGCUCCUGCCCUCGCUUGUCUUCGCCCUCUCCAUGGCAGGCUGGCAGAUAAUGGCUGGGGUGGGCGUGCCCUUCGCUGCGGCCCUCCUCUUGGUGUCUGUGGUGAACAUGCUGCAGGUACACAGGCCAGGCUGUCUGCCAGUGAGGCUGCAGAGCUGGGACUUCCUGCCUGUCUGGAUGCAUUCCCUUCAACCCCUGGAUACCCUACUCACCAAGGUGACCCUGUGCUGCGCUAAAGGAGCCAGCGAGCCUGAUCUGAUACAGUGCUCCAUGGACCAUGAUGGUCCUCAGAAGAGGAGCCACAUGGCUUUGGACAACCUUGUUCUGUGUUACAUAGACGAGGCCCCCACAGUGGUAAUGUCCCAGGGGGCAGACGAAGCCCCCACAGUGGUAAUGUCCCAGGGGGUGGACAGGGUCAGGAGCACACGUCUGUAGAUCUUAUGACAUUGGAACAACAGGGAGACAGAGCAGAAUAUCUUGUGAAAGCAGCAUUGUGGACUGCAAGAAAUGAGCAGUGAUGAUCUAAUGUUAUGGAACAACGAGACUGAAGCAGGAAACUGUAGGAGCUUAUGGUUGCAUGAAAACAUGACUCCACUCACAGUCAGUUCCUUUAUGGAUUGCGGAAAUCAUGCAUGAUGCCAGCAGCUACAAAACAAUGUUUACUGUGGUUGAGUUAUGUCAUGUACUGUACUUCAAAGCCACGGAAUCAAUGAGAGUUUAUUAUUUACUCACAGUAACUCUCUUUCCAGACAAAUGUUUGGGCCUAUCGCCUACAGGACAUAUGUAUUAUAUCAUAAUUUCCCACAAUCAGGAUAGCAUUUCACUUUCUGUCAAAACAAACACUUCUUCCUCUUUGCUAUCAGAGGUUAGUAAAUGUCUGUCUCUCUGCUGAAAAUGCAGGAAGUCUGAUUGAAUAGAACGACAAAAACCACUCAGCCAAUUAAAAGGCCUUAAAAAAAAGAAUACAAGUUAUGCAUAUGAAUGGCUGCGUAAUUGAAGCUAUAUAGGAGGGAAUGGGCGCCUCCACACGCUAAUUAUAACGCAGCGGGGCUCUGAAUGGUUGAUUAAACAUCCAUUUGGUGGCAUAAUGGCAAGUGAUUUCCCCAGUUUCAAUACAUUUUAGGCUUAACGUCUCCUCGCUACUCUUUGAACAAUUGAUACUUUUAACCACAUGCAUAUUCCAGAGAGUUAAAAUGAGAUGAUUUGAUCAUUUUGUUCAAAAUCACAAUUAUUGUACAUAUAGGAGUUUCAUAUUUGGGAUGAGAUGGGAAGCAAUUGUUAUAUAUGCUAAAUGUAUCAAGUCAAAUGUGUGUGUAACACAGAUAGACAUUCAUCUGUCUUUCCUGUUUAAAAGACACAGCAGAUCAGGGCUUUUCACCGGCCCAGUUUCUCCAACCGAGCUGAGACAGACAAGACAGUUGCCAGUGUCAUGAAACUAGAAGCUAGAAUAGAAUUGAGUAAUAAUUCAGAAUAUACCACAUCUAACAGUCGGCAGAAAGGGAGUUUGAUAUCAUCCAUAAUAACCAAGGACGAUAGAUGAAGAACAGCCAUGAGAUGGCAUGUUUUUAUUGCAUAAGAAGUUCUUGAGGCAGACCUAUUUAAGUGUAGACUACUUUUCUUGUGACAGAGGCCUACAGAGCCCUACACUACAGCUUACAGUACAGAGCCCUAGACUACAGCUUAAAGUACAGAGCCCUACACUACAGCUUACAGUACAGAGCCCUAGACUACAGCUUACAGUACAGAGCCCUACACUACAGCUUACAGUACAGAGCCCUAGACUACAGCUUACAGUACAGAACCCUAGACUACAGCUUACAGUACAGAGCCCUAGACUACAGCUUACAGUACAGAGCCCUACACUACAGCUUACAGUACAGAGCCCUACACUACAGCUUACAGUACAGAGCCCUACACUACAGCUUACAGUACAGAGCCCUACACUACAGCUUACAGUACAGAGCCCUACACUACAGCUUACAGUACAGAGCCCUACACUACAGCUUACAGUACAGAGCCCUACACUACAGCUUACAGUACAGAGCCCUACACUACAGCUUACAGUACAGAGCCCUAGACUACAGUUUACAGUAUAGAGCCCUACACUACAGCUUACAGUACAGAGCCCUACACUACAGCUUACAGUACAGAACCCUACACUACAGCUUACAGUACAGAGCCCUACACUACAGCUUACAGUACAGAGCCCUACACUACAGCUUACAGUACAGAGCCCUACACUACAGCUUCCAGUACAGAGCCCUACACUACAGCUUACAGUACAGAGCCCUACACUACAGCUUACAGUACAGAGCCCUACACUACAGCUUCCAGUACAGAGCCCUACACUACAGCUUCCAGUACAGAGCCCUACACUACAGCUUACAGUACAGAGCCCUACACUACAGUUUACAGUACAGAGCCCUACACUACAGCUUCCAGUACAGAGCCCUACACUACAGCUUACAGUACAGAGCCCUACACUACAGCUUCCAGUACAGAGCCCUACACUACAGCUUCCAGUACAGAGCCCUACACUACAGCUUACAGUACAGAGCCCUACACUACAGUUUACAGUACAGAGCCCUACACUACAGCUUCCAGUACAGAGCCCUACACUACAGCUUCCAGUACAGAGCCCUACACUACAGCUUACAGUACAGAGCCCUACACUACAGUUUACAGUACAGAACCCUACACUACAGCUUCCAGUACAGAGCCCUACACUACAGCUUCCAGUACAGAGCCCUACACUACAGCUUACAGUACAGAGCCCUACACUACAGCUUCCAGUACAGAGCCCUACACUACAGCUUACAGUACAGAGCCCUACACUACAGCUUACAGUACAGAACCCUACACUACAGCUUCCAGUACAGAGCCCUAGACUACAGCUUCCAGUACAGAGCCCUACACUACAGCUUCCAGUACAGAGCCCUACACUACAGCUUCCAGUACAGAGCCCUACACUACAGUUUACAGUACAGAGCCCUACACUACAGCUUCCAGUACAGAGCCCUACACUACAGCUUACAGUACAGAGCCCUACACUACAGCUUCCAGUACAGAGCCCUACACUACAGCUUCCAGUACAGAGCCCUACACUACAGUUUACAGUACAGAGCCCUACACUACAGCUUCCAGUACAGAGCCCUACACUACAGCUUCCAGUACAGAGCCCUACACUACAGCUUACGUGAGCAGUUGUGCAACGUAUAAUUUUUACAUGAGUAUGUAAAAGAUGUACAAGAUGUGAUAUUUAACCCAAAUGUAAUUUAAGUCUUAAUUGCAGUCUUUGCCUUGAAUUCUGUGAUUUUAUUAAAUCUGUGCCAAAAUUGUGGAAGGAACGUAACAUUAAAUUAACGACU